AUGUCAAGGAUAAUGGCGGACAAUAUGAAAGAUACCACGGCGUUUUAUGAUCGACGACAGGCGGCAGCGAAUGCAGCGCCUUCUCCGACUCUCGGGGAGCUUUUGAAGUACGUCGGCGAUAUUAGGAAGGAGGGAAGCGGAGAUGAAACGCCGGCGCAUCGCGUUUUGGAGAUGAGUGAAACCAGCAACGAGCCUCGGUCGUUGCCGUUUGUUUUAUCGUUUAAUAAUUUAACGUAUAGUGUGAAGGUUCGUAGUAAGAUGGCUCUUCCGGCUGUGUUUGGAGGGAGUACUACGAGGUUAGGUGGUGGUGGUGCUCCGGCGACGUCGAUGGAGGCGGUUGGAGUAGAACGGUUGUUUUCGAGGAGUAAGGUGUUGUUGAAUGAUAUCUCCGGUCAAGCGAGAGACGGCGAGAUACUGGCGGUGCUUGGUGCGAGUGGCUCCGGGAAAUCGACUUUGAUUGACGCUUUAGCGAAUCGAAUUGCUAAAGGUAGUUUGAAAGGAACAGUGACUUUAAACGGCGAACAAUUGGAAUCCAGAUUACUGAAAGUGAUUUCUGCUUACGUAAUGCAAGAUGAUCUCCUUUUUCCGAUGUUAACAGUCGAAGAAACGUUGAUGUUCGCCGCUGAGUUCCGCCUCCCUCGAACGCUGUCCAAAUCGAAGAAGAAGUUAAGAGUUCAAGCGCUAAUUGAUCAGCUAGGUCUCCGGAACGCUGCCAAAACUGUCAUCGGAGAUGAAGGUCACAGAGGAGUCUCAGGUGGCGAACGCCGUCGUGUUUCAAUUGGAAUUGAUAUCAUUCAUGAUCCGAUUAUUCUACUUCUCGACGAACCCACGUCGGGGCUCGACUCCACCAGCGCUUACAUGGUGGUUAAGGUUCUACAACGUAUUGCACAGAGUGGAAGCAUCGUCAUCAUGUCCAUACACCAGCCUAGUUACCGGAUUCUUGGAUUGCUCGAUCGUCUCUUGUUUCUCUCCCGUGGACAGACGGUUUACAGUGGUUCUCCGACGAAUCUCCCGUUGUACUUUUCAGAUUUCGGCCAUCCUAUUCCGGACAAAGAGAAUCGGACUGAAUUCGCACUUGAUUUAAUCAGAGAACUCGAAGGAUCACCAGGUGGAACCAAAAGCUUAGUUGAAUUCAACAAAUCAUGGCAAAACCUCAAAAGGUCUCGAAACAGCAUUUCCACCGGCAAUGAAACACCAACACACGGUUUAUCCCUGAAAGAAGCCAUCGGCGCAAGUAUAUCCAGAGGUAAACUAGUCUCCGGCGCCGGCGCCAGCAACGACAUCAGCCCUAAUUCACUUGUCCCUACCUUCGCAAAUCCAAUGUGGAUGGAAUUGAUGGUUUUAUCAAAACGAUCAUUCACUAAUUCACGAAGAAUGCCUGAGCUAUUUGGGAUUCGUUUAGGUGCUGUUGUGGUUACAGGUUUCAUACUUGCCACCAUGUACUGGAACCUCGAUAAUUCUCCAAAAGGUGUUCAGGAACGAUUAGGGUUCUUCGCAUUCGCCAUGUCCACAACCUUCUACACCUGUGCAGACGCAUUGCCUGUCUUCCUUCAAGAACGUUACAUUUUCUUACGAGAAACAGCUUACAACGCUUACAGACGUUCAUCAUACGUUCUCUCUCACUCCCUAGUUGCAAUCCCAGCUCUCGUCUUCCUUUCCUUCGCAUUCUCUGCAAUCACAUUUUGGGCAGUGGGACUUGACGGUGGUUUUUCAGGUUUCGUGUUCUACUUCUUCAUAAUCCUUGCCUCCUUCUGGGCCGGAAGUUCCUUCGUCACAUUUCUCUCCGGCGUCGUUCCUCACGUCAUGCUCGGAUACACCAUCGUCGUCGCAAUUCUCGCUUACUUCCUUCUCUUCAGUGGCUUCUUCAUCAACCGUGAUCGAAUCCCCGAUUACUGGAUCUGGUUCCACUACAUCUCCCUCGUCAAAUACCCAUACGAAGCAGUUCUACAAAACGAAUUCCAAAAUCCGAUCAAGUGCUUCGUUCGUGGAACUCAAAUCUUCGACAACAGCCCUCUUGGAGAAAUCGAUAACUCCAUGAAAGUUAGACUAUUACAAAGCAUGAGUAAGUCACUUGGGGUGAACAUCACCAGCACCACUUGUUUGACCACCGGCGCCGACAUACUGAAGCAGCAGGGAAUCACCGAUCUAAGCAAAUGGAACUGCUUGUGGGUGACGGUGGCUUGGGGCUUCUUCUUCAGGAUCCUAUUCUACUUCUGCUUGUUGUUAGGAAGCAAGAACAAGAGGAGGUAA